AUGGCGAAACUAUUAACAUUUGGACCGAUUUCUGGCUUCCCAACCAAACUCAAUUUAACUCAUAUUCUCUCUGAUCGUAAUAUGCCUAACUAUGUCUGUGAUCUAAUGAAUGUUAAUGGAGAUUGGGAUAUGUGCAUCAUCAGUACUUAUAUUGAUAUUGCUUAUCAUGAUGCUAUUAAGUCUAUUACCACUAAUACAAGCAUGCAUGAUAGAAUUAGAUGGAAAUCUACGAUUUCUGGAAACCUUACUACGAAGUCUGUUUAUAAUUUCCUGACUAAUCUAAGUUUCGACAAAGAUGAAACUAAUUUCUGGAAACAGAUUUGGAAGCUUAAUAUGACUCCUAAAGUGAAUAUGUUCUGUUGGAAAGUUGUGACAAAUGCUCUUGCUCUAGGGAAAAACAUGUCCAAAUAUGUUAAAGACUCUAAACCAUACUGCAUGUUGUGUGAUAAUCAUGAAUUAGAGGAUGAAAGGCAUUUUUUUGUGAAAUGUAAUUUUGCUAAGAAGGUCUGGAAAGCUUUUGAUCUGAAUAACAUCUAUCAUAACAGUGGAAGCACUGAGAUUUUGCAAUGGUUUAAAACCUGGAUGAAUGUUAAAGCUCUUAAUAGCAAGCAUAAUUUGAUUUCUUAUAUAGUGUGGUCCAUCUGGAAAUAUAGAAAUAAUGUUAACUUUGAUAAUUUUGUGCCUGAUGUGCAAAAGUUGAUUGAUAGCAUUAGAGCAUCUCAUGUUUCCACCAAUGCUAAGAAGUAUCACUGUAACAGUCUCAACUCUGAAAGUGACAACUAUGAUUGGGUUAUACACUUUGAUGCUUCCUUUAUUGAAGCUGAUUUUACUAUGUGA